AUGGCCUCGUACUUGUCUCAGAGCAAAAACGGCUCCGAGAACAAGUACGUGACUCUCGUGUCUGGCGAUGGGUACGAGUUUGUUCUGCUCCGCGAGGCCGUCAUGAUCAGCCCGGUCGUCAAGGGUAUGCUGGAUCCCCGCAGCCAGUUCAUGGAAGCAGUCUCGGGGAGAUGUGUCUUCACGGAGAUCAGUGGCAUCGUGCUGGAAAAGGUCUGCGAGUACUUUCAGUACUGGUACAGGUAUCGCGAACGGGAGGACGUGCCUGACAUGGACAUACCCGUCGAGCUCUGUCUUGAGCUGCUAGUCGCAGCUGACUAUCUUGGCUUGGACAAACAAAACUCUGGCAUUUGA